CGGCAGCGGCGGCGGCAGUGGGAGGAGGAGGAGACGGCGGCUGCGGGCUCUCGCCUUGUGCCAGGCGGUGCGGGCGGGAGCGGGGCACCUGUGCCCGGCGGCUCCGCGCAGGUGGCGGCCGCAGACCCCGCCGUGCAUGAGUGACGGGGCGCAGCCGCCGCCGCUGGCUCUGCCCGUGCCCCGAGCGCGGGGCACUCGCUGUCCUCCUGCCAUUGCGGUGCAGCCCUCGCACUUGGCCGAGGAUAUUCCUUAUAGACAUUCAUAUCCAGGACACAGUAUAUAAUGGGGAGAAAACUGGAUCUUUCUGGCUUGACUGAUGAAGAAGCAGAGCAUGUACUCCAGGUGGUUCAGCGAGAUUUCAGCCUUCGUAAGAAAGAAGAAGAAAGGCUGAGUGAGAUGAAGCAGAAGUUGGAUGAAGAGGGUAACAAGUGCAGCAUCCUUUCCAAGCAGCAGAAGUUCAAUGAGCACUGCUGUAUUCGCUGCUGUUCCCCUUUCACAUUUCUUAUCAACAGCAAGCGACAGUGCCAAGACUGCAAGUACAACAUCUGCAAGAACUGCAGUACUUACCAGAAGAAGGAGAAGGCUUGGAUUUGCAGCGUCUGUCAGCAAGCAAGGCUCCUAAGGACCCAGUCUCUGGAUUGGUACUAUAAUAAUGUCAAAAGCCGCUUUAAGUGUUUUGGAAGUGCCAAGGUCCUGAAGAACCUGUACAAAAAGCAUAGGCUGGAGAGCGGAGUUUGUCCUGAUACAGUAGCCGAAGGGAGUUUGUUUGAAGGAAGCAUUGAGAAUGAAGGAAGCAUUUGUGGCAGUGACUCUACGUUCUACCAACAGACAGAAGGACACAGCAUGAUGGAUACCCUUGCUGUGGCCUUACGUGUUGCAGAGGAAGCAGUGGAAGAAGCUAUUUCUAAGGCAGAGACCUACAGUGACAGCCUGGACAAGCAGAAUGAAGCUUGUUACUUGCAGGAGCACAAGGAGGACCUCAUAGAAGAGCUGGCCACAACCAUUGUGCAAAAGAUCAUAAAGAAGCAGAAAAGCAAAACCGAGCAGGCUGAGGCUGACUUUGAAUGGCCACCAUCCAGGAGCAGCGGCCUGGCAUCUGUCGCUGUCUCAGAUCAGAGCAUGCUGACUUUUCCAGGGAGCCGCAGGGGGUCCUACACGUUAUGGAGGUCUCAGUCUGCAUUCUCCCUGGCUAGUGAAGAUGCGACCAGUAAAGGACAAGACUCUGCAUCAUCUGUGACCGAGGCUCUUCAGAAGCAGCAAAAGGGGCAGUCCAGGAAGCAGAAGGAACGCAAGCUAUCUUCAUUACCCAGCUGGAAGAGUGUGGACAGGCUAAAUGAAACAAGUCCACCUUCUGUCUUGCAAAGCACUGAUGGAAACUGGGUGGCCUUGCAGAAUGUCACUUUGCCUCGUCCUCGAAUGCUUGCCAAACCAAAGAGUCAGGUAUUCAGAGCUUUGGAGAAUGAAUCCAAUGUUGUGUCUGCCUAUGACGAGAUGGGCUCAGACAGUGAGGAUGACUACGACUGGAAUGUGGCCUUGAACAAGCUGCGUAGGAGACCUCGACAAUUACCAGACGAUUUCUAUUAUACUAAUUCCCAGUAUGGUACCGAAUGGGUUUAUGGCAGUGAUCAGUACCAGGCAGUGACCUCCCCCUCCUCUGGGUUAUACACCAAUACUGAGACACAGUUCUCUGAUUCAGAAACAUCUUCAGUAAACUCUUCCCAGGAAGCUAAAGGACCUAGCAAACUUCUCUGGUUGCAAAGCAGAACUCAAAGUGAUAUGCCCAGAAUGGAAAAGAAACACUUCCAUGGAGAACUGGAUGUAAAUUUUAAUCCACAGGCAACUAGCUUAGAGUAUUCGGACAGCAGUGAGACUGAAGAGGUCCAUUAUGAUUUAGAAAAGAGAUCAAGAAGGUGGAGGAAGAACAAAGCAACCUCAGAAGAAUUAUGUGAAGACAAGAAUCAGACAAAAAUGAGCAAGAUGAAUUUAAGUCAGGAUUUUGAUGAUUUAUCAGAGGCAGAUAUAAGCAAUGAAGAUCAGCACCAAAAUAUCAAGCCUGACCUUAUGGAGGAGGAACUUAAAUCCAGGUUAUUUCAGCUUGCUGCUAAAAUGAGUGACAAGGAAACAUCUUCUGGUGAAGAACAAGAGUCAGAACCUGGAAUGGAUCCUGAAAACCAGAAGGAGAGUUUGUCCUCAGAAGAAAAUGACAGAAGUAUUCAGGAAGAGUUAAAGAAGGAAAAACAAAAGGCUUUUGAUCUUCAUUUAAAGCUGCAGUUUUUAUCCACUGUAUUGCAGCAGAAGUACUCUGCUGUCUCUCUCUGCAACAUAUCUACAGAAGUCCUGAAAGUCAUCAAUGCCACUGAAGAACUAAUAGCAGAAUCCACCGAUCCCUGUGAUUUCCCAGAUGACAUUCAGGACAGAGGAAGAGGGACCCUCCCACUGGGUACAGACCCCAUCAGACUUGAUGAGCAACUCACCACACUGGAAGAAAACGUGUACCUGACAGCCAGCACGGUGUAUGGGCUGGAGGGGCAGCUCACCAACCUGGAAGAUGCCGCACGCAAGAUCAGCAGUGUUACUGAAGAAUCUGAGCUGGCUGAUCUGGAGGAUCAGGUGGCCACAGCAGCUGCCCAGGUUCAUCAUGCAGAGCUUCAGAUUUCAGAUAUUGAGAGCAGAAUAUCAGCUCUCACUGUUGCAGGCUUGAACGUGGCUCCCUGUGUUCGCCUGACAAGGAAACGGGAUCAAAAGCAAACAAACCAGAUGCAUACAAUAGACACAUCAAGACAGCAGAGGAGAAAACUUCCAGCUCCACCAAUAAAAGGUGAAACAAUAAAUAGUUCUCCAGUUGCCACUGUCAGGACAUUUAACAGAAACUUCAUGCUUCAAGGAUCUCUAACACAAAGAACUAAAGAGAGGAAGAGCACUGCCAAGGACUUAAUGGAACCUGCUAUAGGAUCUGCUGUGAUGUACUAAAUUUACACUUCCCUACUGCCAAUAACACACUGCCUAAGGCUGUACACUAGAGUGCCUUUAUUUAACAGCCAUUGUGUAUGUCCAGCUGAAAAUGGACCCUCAAGAACCCAGAGCCUCAGUUAUAGGGCUUCAUUUGGAUACCUCACUGAGAAAAGCUGUCCAAGUCUUCAGCAUUGUGAUCUGCUACAGGAAACUCUGCCUUAAAGUUCUCAUGGGACUCUAGACAGGAUGCUGAGUUUCAAAAGCAAGGCUCCACAUUUUAAGAUGCACUUUUUCUCCCUAUUGAUUGUACUGAAGUAUGUUGUCUUUAAACUGCAGUAUGUUUUUGUACACUCAAUCAGUCAUAAUUAUAGGCCAAAUUAUCUGCCAAAGCAGACCUGUGAUCCAUAUUUGCUCGCCUCUUACUAUUCACAUAGGCAUCUGUCUUGUUGAGCAAUAAGAACAAUUCUGUGCAGUGUGUGCUGCUUUUCAGCUGCAUGGUGGGUGUGGAGAACCAGUGUACCUAGCUCUGCUCCCAGGGAGUCAGUGGAAGUUUUGAGAGGGUUUGUAGGAGGAGAUGUGAUGUGCAAAGUCUUCUCUGUUCACUGAGGGUACAUUUGGCAGAUUGAAUGCUCUAGAGCUAGGUAAAUUGGUGGCAUGGUGAACAUGGAUGUCAUGCUGAACCAUGAAUUAGUGGCCACACAUGUGGACCAGAUGUCUGUUGAGUUAUGAUCUUGGUGUCUGGAAACAUCUGAAGCCUGUUGUGAAACCAACACCUCUGUAUGUCUUGUUCUUCUUGGUAGCAUUGUCCUCUUGACGGUGGCCAACCACACUGUAGUUCAGAAUAAAUUCUGUCCAAAACUUUAAGAUUGGAAAAAGAAAGUAAAAGUGUUGUGGAUGAGAUCUCUGCUGACUGACUGGUGGUUGUAGAGUGACUGCAGCCUGUAAGAGGUUCCUUUCUAAUGUUCCCUGGUGUUUCUGAGAAGGGGGCAAAUUUCUGGGCAAACAGCCCAGAAAUCUCUUCCUUUACUAGUCUAUAGCCAACAUAGAGUAGCUGGGUCCUGUUACUGGUGCCACAUGUACCCCACUACCACUGGACCACUCUGAAUUUGAUUGUGAAUAGUAAUAUUUCUUCUUUCAUUUCUUGAAACAUUUAAAAGGUGAGUCAAACUGGAAGACCCUUGAGCAGAAGCCCUGGAGGAAAUAUGAUGCUUACAGGGUGUUCCUCUCACCCCCCUGGGGAAGGGCAUUGCCAAUUCGUGGUAUUUUAUGCUCUGAAGAAUACAAAGGAGGUAGGUAGAGGAGGUGAUAAGCUUCCACACAGGUGGCAGAGCAGGUACCCAAAUGCAGACAGGGUUGGCGUGAAAUGUGCUGUGAAAAAGGGCACAGGCUGGCAAGUUCCCCCUCAGCACUAAGGAGUGGCAAGCUCUCCUGAGAGCCUUGGGUACCAGGGAGGGAGGAGAGUUCCUUCUUUCCUUGGGCUCUCAGUGAACACCCACAAGUGGAGUGCCACGUUACCUGCCAUACAGCAGGAAAGCAGUCCCCUCAGACGCCAGGCCAUGAAAUGUCUGUGGUUAGGCAAAUAUGGGCAAAACUGGGCAAAUUUCCUGACUAGGCUGCAUUUAGGAAGGCAAGUGGGAAAGACAAGGAAUGGCUGGACAGGUUGGCUGGAAAAAUGGUGCCAGAUGCAAAUCUGCUACCCAUACUUGACAUCUAGCUUGUCAUACUCUGAUGUCCAGCUGCAUGUAAGGAACCCUUGGAAUAAAUACAUCCAUCUUCCCAUCUAGAAUACAUAAGCGUCAAUCCAUCCCUUCAAGGAAUUUCCAUCUGCCCAAGAUCUGACCCAGUGUGUUCAUUCUGAGUGAAAUUAGGCCUUCUUUUACUCUCACACAAAACUAGUUCUCUAAAAUUGGUUUGCACAGAUGUCAGGGCAGAAUUUGGCCCACUCUGUUUAAUAUAUAAAUAUAUACAUAAAACAAAUGGAUUUUAUUCAUAUAUGCAAUCCAGUAAAGGAGAUUAAACAGAGUAGGAUGCCUAGUACUUUUUUUGUUAUUCAGUCUCUUCCUCCAUUGACUGUUCUUGUGUAUGUAUACAAUACAUUCCCCAGGUUCUGGUUUAUGCAGGUAUGCGUGUUAUGAAAUGUCUUUAAUGGUGGUUGGUCUGCAUAUUCGUCUAAUAAAUAAUAACUAAUAUUGUGUAUGUAAUAUCAAUACAGAAAUGACUAAUUUUAAUAGAAUAAUUCUUUGGCUUUUGUUCUGUUAGUGUGAUUUAAACAAGCCAAUGAAGUUUGGAAUAGGUCGUUUUCCUUAAGAGGCAUGAAAAGCAACUAUUAUUGUGUUACAAUGUUAAAAUAUUCAGUCUUCUUUGACAGAAAAAUGUGUACUGUGUAGGCAUUGCAAAAAAAAAAAAAUUCAAAAAAAUCCCACCUGCUCUAAGGCAUUUGAAUUUUUACAAAUGUUUAUUGUGCCAAAUAUGUGCAAAGAUAUAAUUUACUGUUUUAAAAAAAUCAUAAAAACAUAUGUUAUAGCACACAAAGAAUUAUUUUGUCAUCAAGUGAUUUCAAUCUUUAGUGUUAAUAUUUAUAAUUAGAUUAAUUUUUAUAAAUGAAAAUAUUUUAAUGGGUAAAAUCAAGACUAUAUGAUCUAUUUGAUUAAGUCUGAGUGAAUAUUAAGCUUGCCUUGUUGUUGUUAUCUGCAUACUCACCAAGAAUUAUAUGUCAAGAGAAAUUAUAAAAGAGUAAAAGCGAUUUAUGAAAAGAAUGCCUUUUCAAGGACUUGAUUCAUAAAGAAAACCAAAAAGUU